GGUUGGACCUCCGCUAAUCCCUGUUAACAGAUUAAUUAUCUUUGGGCAAUAUCGCGUUGUUGCUGUGUUGUGAAGUUUCAUGGACGUUAAGCUACGAAGAGCUACAAUGCGAUGUAUAAAGGGUCCCUUAGGGGUGUCUCCUCAAUCUUAAUCCCUCUCUCUCUCUCUUUCCCUCUCUCUCUCUCUCUCUCUCUCUCACUCUCUCUCUCUCUUUUGCUCCCUGACUCUCUCACUCACUCGCUCUCACUGAGAGCUCCUCUCCUAUCCAUCACCACAAGCACCUCUCCACUGCCACCAGACAACCAUACAAUUAUUGGCUAUUUAAUAUUUCAAUCACCGCAAGAAUUAUUGGUUAUUUUUCAGCUCCUACAUUUUGACCUAUUUUUGGCAUGUCACCAAGCCAUUUUUUCAGGAUGAUGUUUUUUCAAGAGCAUCAAGCGCUGAUGGCUGGCAGUAUACCUCUUUGAGUGGGUAAAUAUUUCACGGACACCGGUGAAGAGAAGAGACAGAAGGAGAGAGAAACCUCCCAACGCAGCCGAUAGAGGUAAGAGACUCAUUUUUCCUCAUUGUUACUUUUUUUCUGUGGUUGCCUCAAUUAUCCUAAACCCAGCAAAUCAAAUUAUAUCAAUGCAGUGCUGCUAUUUUUGCAUUGUUGCAUUAUUUUAAUAAAUCCUCAAGGGUGUCCAUGAAACCAUCAAAAUGGACUCAUGCACAUCUUUUCAACUCACAUCUAAUGGAUGCAUGUCUUUUCAUGCAGAAAUAGAGAAAUUGUCACACGAUGCUGUGAUGAUUUGAUUGCAUCCCAUCAUUUCCCUCCAAGAUGAAUCCAUCUUUUUUUUCUUUAAAUACCUAAGGACUCUUUGUUUAAAAUGCACUGUGAUGGAAUAUUUGGGUCUGUGCAGGCUAUGGUCAGUAGAGUGGAAGCGUUUUGUCACCAUCAACUUGUCAUGCUGGACUCUUGCACACACCACAGCACUGAUUCGCUUUGACUUACUGACUAUAAGCUCCACUUACUUACCUUCGGUCAGCUGCACUCACUUCCAGGUUUCACUGUUGCAGCUGAGCAUCAAUUUUGCACGUGAAUGUCAAGUGAAAUUGAAUUUUAAUUUUCUUCCUCUUGUCCUGGUUUCUAGAGGCAGAAGUUAAAUGUAACUUAGCGCCCUUCAUAAAGAUGCUAAUGGUUUUCUCCUGGCUGGUAUAGAGUGUCAUAGAGCUGUAAUCUUCUGCCAUAAAUUACACUCAUUAAGGCUGUUGUUAAGAGGCUGUCAGACAGAUACUUUGGCUUUAAUGUGCAUCGUUACAGACCUUGUGAGGCAAAAUGCAAUAAUCCAGCAGCAACAGAACCACAUAAAUUACAUCAUUUCAUCAAGUGAGUCCAACUGUGAUAAAAAAGAUGAAGGUGGAGAUGAUGCCCCCAUGCUGAGGAUGAUCCUAAAUUCAGCUGACAGAGAUGCCUUAUCCUUGCUCUCAUUAGCUGCCUCACAAAAUGGCCCUGUACUUUACAUUCAGACAUCAUGGAGUCUCAUCUCAUGCAACUCAUUUCAUUCUCACUGUCGUCUCAAGCUCUGCGCAGACUGAAAACAAACAAGGGGAUUUUUUUUUCUGUCUUUAGAGAGUCUUCUCUUGAGGGUGAGAGCUGGUGGUUUUCUCCAGCAUCUCUCUUCUCUUUUUGCUUUUCCCUCUCCGCCGCCGUCUGAGCUCAGAAAUCAUAUUUAUUUGGCUUCACUUAUGCAAUGGUCACAGGCAUGAUAACAAGCUGGCAGGAGACAUCAAAUCAACUUGAAGAUUCAGAUCUGUGACAACUGCUGAGUAACUGCUGCUCCUGGACAGUACCCCCCCACCCCCCCUUCACUUCCAUCUGUGCAUCAUUAGGUCGCCUGAAUAAGUGCCAGCAUGAAUAUCCCACCUAAACUUUGACCUCAUGUGCUCUAUCACUCUUUAUUUCCUCCUUGAUAGGCAUUGACAGAAUAGUUUUGUGCACAAAUCAACACCACAAAAGGACAGACCAUCUGCUGUCAGCCUUUAAUGCUCCCUAAUAGGUUUUUGAAGGUGUGAACAACUUGUUUCACCUUUAAUCAAAAAUGUAAUGAUACUUUUUUGAUUACCUUUUUGAUGGCUGUCCAAAUUCUUCUGAGGAACUUUUAGGUUCUGCUGCUUUUGGUGCCCCGUGCAGACAAAGUGUAAAUCUUCUGUAUGGUGGUCCUGAAGGUCAACUUGACUAACAUUUCAUGACACAAACAUGACCAUCAAACACAAAAAUAUUUUUAAGAAUGCCAUAAUAUUUCAAGAAAACACAAACAAUUUAUGAAACUUGAAAACUUUUUACAAAACACAAAAACAUUUAACUGAACACAAAAAUGUUUCACCAAAGAAAAUUUUCACAAAACAGAAAAAUUUUAAACAAAAAUCCUUUAAAACGCUAACUUAUUUUGUGUGUUGUGAAAAGGUUUUCUGUUACAUUACAUACAAGAAAGUUUAUGCACAGUCAAAUGUUUUUGUAGUUAGCCUAACUAGCAUCUCAGUUUUCAAGUUAAGUUUUUUUAGUUGAGACGUUUUGCUGUUUCAGGAUAUGAUUUUAGUGCUUUAUGAAAAUUCUGUUUUAUGAAAUGCUUUGGUGUGAAAAGUUUUCUUUGUUUGUGUUCGAUGAAAUACUUUCGUGUUUUGUGUGGGAUUUGACAUUUUUCAGGUUCAGUAAUUUGGUUUAAGUAUCAAAAUAGGUUUUUGCAUUCAGAUAAAUGCCUGUGUAGUUGACCUUAGGGCCAUUGUAUUUCUCUCUUUGCUGGUCUCUCAUUGCAUAUGUGUAAAUACAUUUUUUUUUUUUAACAUAAAAUCUCAUCCUUCUUCAUUUUGAAUAUCUAUCAUUCAACCAUCAAUGACUCUCUGGUAUGGAAAAAUCUAGAUAAAGUUGUUGUGGAAUUGAGCUGUUAAUCAACUCGUCUAAAACCAACCAGUAACAGGGCCAAUAGAAGUUCAGAAUAACCAUGGAAAUCUUCUCUGCUGUUUGGUGAUUGGCUGGUGGAUUUAGGUCCUUAGGUAAUAAUUUCAGUGUGUUUCAUCACCUGCUGAAAACUUCUCACUGGAGCUUUAAACUCUAUACAACACAGGACAAAACACCUUGAUUGUUGACAUGCAUGUAAGUCUCUGCAGUCACCUCUCUGUUGUUCUCAUUGUCACUCUUCAAUUCCCCUGAAAACUAUUGAUACUUUGGGAUAACUUGAUUAUAUCUAUUUACGUUUUUAACUUAUUUUUUAAAGUUUAUUUUAUUACUCUGUUCCCAUUUUUAUCAGUACAUGAUGUCGCAGUUUGACAGAAUUGCGCCUUGUUAAUAGUAUCAGCAUCAGGAAACCCCGUCCUCAGUGGAAAUCAUUAUCUCGCAGUAACAUCAUCCAUCAAAAGAUAUGCUUUUCUAUACUGACCCACUUUAUUGGUUGUGGUGAACACAACAGGUAGCCUGAUUCUCCUUUGAUCGAGGAAUUAUUCCCUUACUCGAUUAUUACGCCACUCAAACUGCUUUUAUCCUCUCCAAACUCUGAUGAAUGCGCCUCAUAGACCUGUCAAACAGCUCCUUAUAUACAUCUAAUCCAAUAAAUUCAGUCAAGAUGAACGAUGAUGAGGGAAUACCAUAACACCAGAGUACAGUCUGUUUACAGUGCUGAUAUGCAGUGGCUGGAUGCAGCUCUCCCAGCGUGUGAACCAUUAUGUUCGGCACAGUUUUAAUAAGGGAAAUGGAGUGCUGGCAGUGAUUCGAUUUGUGACAGUUGGGCUGCUGGAACCAUUAAGGUGAACCAGCUUAUUGUAAUGGGCUUAGAGCAGCAGUCCUGUCUGGCCUGUGGGUAAGCUGUUAACUUGUUCUGGGCCAUAACCUCCCCAAAUGUGAAAGGGAAACUGUUUGGCACCAAACGUGACAUGUGGGUAUGUCCAAAGUUUUAUCAUGCGUGGCUUUAAUAGGCCAUAGUUUGGAUCAAUAGGGGAGUAAAAGGCCUGGGCAGUGUAGAAUAAUGCACCGUUAUAAAGUUGAGUUGAAUACAUAACAGCUGCAUGAAGAAAAAACAAUAAAACAAGCCUUUAAUUCAGAAUCUAUCAAACUGUAUUUGACUCAAACACAGGACUGUAUCUGCCUGUAAAAUCAGCAUUGAGCUCAGCUUUGUACCUCUUUGUGUUGAGGCAUCACUGCUGCUGUUGUGAAUGGUCCUCUCUCCCCGAGCUGUCAUAAUAAAACUCUUUUCUUAAACACUAAAGCUCGUCUGGUCUCUUAAUCUGGGCAGCCAGUAUCAGGACCCUACCAGGCCGUCGUCUCACCCUCCGUCCCCCCUCUGCUCCGUCAUUGUAAUAAGGAUUGCAGUGUAUGUUUUGGAUAAACGGAUUUGCCUUUUGUAUUUACCCUACUUUCUCCCCCUUGGCCGGCUUUAGCGAGUGAACCGGGGGUUGAUGUUUGAGUCAAAUAUAGCAGCCUUUGUGUCUUCUUGUUGCCUUGUGUAGUUUUCUUUUGCUGCAUAUGCCCAACCAUGAAGACUUCAAAGACCCCCAUACAUCCCUUAUAUAAUCCAUACUGCUCCCAUUAGACACACCCUUCCUCAUAAGGUUAGGAAGACGGUUUGUGUAUCGCAGUCAGUCUUUAGACAAGGUCACGCAAUCUCCACGGAAACCCGCCCUGAAUUUUAUUUAUUUGUAUUAUUAUUCAAUCUGCUGAUGGUUUUGACUCAUUGAAAAGUUAUUUGGGCUAAAAAGUAAAUUAAAAAAAGAAAAAAGAAAUGGAAGGAGAGAGUUUCCAGAGCCUGCAUGAUUAUACUUGGACUCAUCUUCUGUUUAUCUGCCGAGCAGUCCAGAGUCUUUCAAAUGCCGCAUAUGGUUACCAGAUCUGUUAUUUAUGGCGUGGCUUGUCACUUGUUUGAAGAAGUGUUUGGGCUGUCAAUAAUACUGUUUUUUUUUCCAUUUGAGAUGUGUCCAAAAAAAUUUAAAGGAGGCAUUAAAAGCCUCCUGUGAAUUUUAUUUAACUGGUUGUAAAAGACGUAAUCGUAAUCUAGAUGCCUCUGUAUGACCUACAAAAGAAAACAAGACCAUAGGCUCAAGGUUUGGUUGUUUCAAUGUGGCUGUUUUUGAUUUCUGUAACUUUCGCUAAGGGGGAAGGUGUCAGACCAAGACCAAGACCGCCCCCGGCGGAUAUUUCCGCCGGGGGCACUAAAACCAACAUCAUCUAUAAAUUUGCAACAGAAACUUCAAGUGAUGUAAUGGAGUUUCUGAACUUCAAAAAGUAAUGAGAUUGACAUUAAAACCCUCACCCACUCUUAAAACUUUAAAUAUAAUUCAAAACAUCUAUGACAGGAUUAAAGUUUAAUAUAAUCCACACCCGCACGCCCAGCUGAGAGGAACUCCAAAUGAGAGGAAUCACAUUUAUUUUUAUUAGUACAAACUUGUUUGAGAAAAGUGUUAAUUUUUUUCUUUGUUCCUCUCAUUUAGUCCUCUUAAUGUUUGACCUUCCUGCUGGUAGAAAGAAUAGCAAAUUUGCAAAAAGACAAGAUCAGGACAGAUAAGAGCUCAAUAAAUAUCUUUUGAUUAUAGCUUAAUGUGUUAAGUGUUGCGUUUUUAGCAACUAAGAUAGUCCAGAGAAGAAAAAAAGCACAUCAUACUACUGUUUGUAGCUCUGACUGAGAUGUUUGCUCUGAUUUUUACUCCCUCGAGCCUGUUUCAGGUAACUAUGGGUGACAUCUUGACCUGUAUCUUCUCAGCUGAUCUUUGGUCAUAAAUUGUCUCCUCUGUGCAGGCAUUCAGGGGUUGUGUUGGGCUUGCGGUGACUUCUUGCCCUUCUGUGCUUGGUUUGCCCUUCACCUCCUCCUCACCUCCUCUCCUCCGCUCUAACUCCGCAUCCCUGCUUUCUCUGACCUCUCUCUCUCUCUCUCUCUCUCUCUUUUCCCCCUCCCUCUCUUUCUCUCUCUGUGUCUCUUGCAGGGUUGGAGGAGGGGGACCAGCAGCAGUAGAGAAAAUGGCUGCCAUGACAACGGUGCCCAGCUAUACCCCUUCACUGUGGGUGAGAGUGUGUCACGCCCUCCCACGGCUGGACCUCAGCAUGCAGAUGAAGGACAACAUCUUUGUCCCCGACAGCUGGGAGUACCAGCAGGUAACGGACACCUGCCACAACUGUUCGUAAUGUACCACACUGUAACCACAUGUUCAGGCUGAGGUGCCUCGUUGCAUAACAAUUACAACCCUGUCGCUCAGUUUCAGUGCACAGGAAUGCUGUUUUACAAUUGGGCAGCCAGAUUAUGAGCAGUUUUCUUCAUGGAGCACAAUAAAGUGCAGCUGAAGUCCCUCAAAAAUAGUGGCAAUCUGCAAAGCUUCAAAAGACAUCUGUAGUUCAUUUAAACACAUUUUGAUGCUGAAUUUUUCUCCCAAUUUUUGGUAGCAGAGACGCUCUGGACUCAAUAAAGAGCUCCUUCAUUCAGAUGAACUUCUUCCAUUUUCUUCAUACUUUCAUAUGCCAAUAUUUUGCACUUUGCUCUCUGCAGGAUUCAUUUGCAGGCUUCCCCUCACUGUUAUUGUCUGCACUGAGCUGCAUAGUUUUGCUGAUGCAAAACUGCAAAGGUGCCAUCCUUCUUCUUCUUCCCCAACAUGCUCCCUCUCAUACAAAAAAAAAAAAAACUAAACUGCUCCAGCUUCUCUCAGUGCGUGUUUGUGACUUCUCUGCGGUACAAAGAAAAGAAGGGAGGAGGGGACGCAAAUUAUCCUGCAGAACAGAAAGACAAAAGAGAGUGAAAGUGCUCGGAGAGGGAAAAUGAGAGAGGGAAUGAGUAAUACGAGGAGGUUGCUGAACAGAAGACCGGGCACACACAGAAAAAGAGAGAGAAGCGAGUGAGAGAGUGGGAGUGAGAGAGAAAACGAGAGAGAGAGAGAGAAAGAGAGAGAGAGUGGCAGUGAAUGUAUUUAAGUAGGUCACAGAUUAUUAAUAGAGAUUCAGCGGUGUGGAUAGAAAGAAAGAGAGGGGAAAGAGAGUGGGGGAGAAGAAGAGUGUGAGAGCGCGGGGAAAGGAGGGAAGGGUGGAGUGGGGGGCGGUGGGGAGGGGCUUCAGAGAACAGGAGGUGAGAUAGGGAGAAGGUGGAGGAGCGAGGAGUGACAGACGGGCAGAUGGAUGAAGGAUAAUGCUGCAGAUAUGUGUGGGAGCGAAAUGCAUUUCAGUAAUGUUGACUUUAUGACAUGGAGCCUGAUCAGAAGCAAAGUCUGAUGGCUUAGUGACAUUAAUAUCUCUCUGCUGUAAAGGCAAAUCAGGGAUUGAAGGGUUAAAGCCCUUGAAUGAAAUAUAAACACUCAGGAAUCACCUCAGAUGGUUUGUAACUCCAUCUCUCUCUAAUGUAUGUUUGCACAAGGUGUGUAGUUGUUUUUCCUUUUUCCUUUUCUUAACACGAAGUUGGUAUUCUUCUACAUUUCAAUCACGAGCUCCUGCUGCUAUGGAGGCGGGACACUAUGACAAGUUAUGAAGUUAAAGAGGAUCACUUGAUAUUUUAUUCUCUCAAAUUGCUCCUCUUCACUUGUAAAAAUGAAAUUAAACCCUCAUUUUUCUCACUCACUGACUCAUCUCCUCAUUGCUGACUUCUCCUCUCCCCCUCCUCUUCCUCCCCUGUCUUCCAGACUCUGCUGGUUUUGUCCAGCUUAUCAGCCAUCGCUCUCGUUAUCUCGCUCCUGGUGGUUCUCUCCUUCCUCAUACAUUACUGCUGCUGUCACCGUGGCGACCGGGGCGAAGGAUCGGAGGAGGAGGAGGAGGAUGAGGAUGGCAGCACAGGUCACGGUUACAGCGGGAAGAAGGGGAGGGGCAUCUGUUGUGUCACAUGGGUGGCGGUGGCGGCUGUCACGCUGUGCUGGUGAGGAGGAAGAUCCGGGCAUCAUUUUUGACCUCUUGUCUGUCAUAUUUGAUGAAAACACCCACACACACAACACAUGUCAUCUUUAGUCAGGGUCAGACGGAGUAUUUACAUCCUUUUCUGAAGUACCACGCAACAGUGUGAAAACAUUCUGUCUGUUUAAUAGUCCUGAAAUAAUGUAGAAGUAAGAGUCUGAUCACCGAAUAUGAAGAAUUAAAACACACUGGUGGAUAAGUGGCUCUACUUUACACAUCCUGACUUUAAAUAUUAGACUUGGUAUGCACCUAUGUUAUAUGAUACAUACCUAUAGUUAUCACAGCUGUCAACAAAGCCUAAAAACACCCAGUAAAUAUCAGUACAUCUACAAUAACGACAUGGUAACAAAACAAAUAUCUCACUUAUAGGAUCAGUAAGUAUGAAAACCUGCGUUAAUGUUUUGGUGGCAUUGCUGCUUUUGUAGAUUGAAUACUAUAUUUUUAAAACUAAUUCAUUAUUUAAUCACCAGAAGUUUAUCGUUAUAUCUGCAAGAAGUUUAGCUACUGUAAGUUGUUUGGCCCGUUGUUUUAUAAUACAGAGCUCUGAGGAGUUGUGGUAUAAUUAACAGAAGAGAGGAAAGUGCUCAGAGGAAAUAAUCCCCUUCUCCUUCGAGCUUGAAAUUUGGAUUUGAGUGCAUUUUUUUUGCAGUGUUUGUGGAAAUAUUAACUUCCUGAAAACAAAUUUAAAAAUUAAUACCAACCAUGUUAGUAUGAUAACUGAGAAUACACGGACACAACAUACUUGUGCCCAAAUGAAAAGUGAAAGCGCUCUGUUCAAAAUCCCAUCCACGUCUUCAUCCUAAUAUUUAUGCUCUACUGACAAGUUACAUAACCUGCCAUAUGGCCCCUGAUGUCCCUCAGCACCCAAACAUGAAGAUGUACGGGAUCAGAUGGGCAGCGAGAACCAGCAUCUCCGUAGUUAUCAAGUGAACGCCUUCUUUCACCACUGAUUCAUCAAGUUAGGCCCACGGCGCCCUGGAUAGGCUCAGCAGAUAGCUCCAGCAUCCUGGAGCCAUCCCCCCACCGUGGUAGCUCUCACCUCCCACCUUACCCAGACUCCAAAAUAGAAAAGAAAAGACCAGCGAGGAAAGAGUGUGAAGAGAAGUUACAGAGAGGACAGAGUCAUGGCAGGACGCCUGUUUAAAACGCUGCCAGAUUAGGCUGCCAUGAAGGAAGAGAGGGGAAAAAUGGAGACAGAGAGGCAGUUUGAACCAGAGGCUGGUUGGCUUAGCUUAUCUUAGCUUAGCUCAUCAGACCUGUGAGAUGGAGAAUGUGCCAACCUCACUUUCUCUUCAACAAACAAAAUCAAUCUACUAACUGUAUUUCAUUUUGUUACCUCCAUACUCCUCUCACUUUUGAGAGCCUUUAUGCUAAACAAACGCUAAGACGCUGCUCUAUUUACCUCAUCGCCUUGAAUGUUGCACCUCCUCAUUUCACUCUCAGUAGGAAGGCAAAGUUUAUUCCCAAAAAUGGUGAACUAUUCCUUUAAACGAAACCAUCUGUCAAGGAAACUGAAGAAGAACUCAUAAAUAUCUGAAAUGUGGCAAGAAGCCUGGAGUAGACGGCUGAUUAAUAUUUAAAAGUUUAAUUUAAAAACAGUUUGACCAAAUGCUCUUAGUUCUGUCAUGUCGCUGCCUGGAAGGUGGAGCAGCAUGGAGGCUGUGAAUCACACGCUGUCAGCCUCUAUCGUCAUGUGCUUUUUAGUCUCCCACACAGUCACCAAUGUCACUGGAAAGGACAGGAGGCCUGGGUGACAGCUGACGGUCAUGUUGGGUUGCUGUUUACCAAACACAGGCCUAUGACAGCAGUGUGUGUGUGAGUGUGUGUAUUUCAGUAAUUCCCCAUCACUUUGUGUGUGUGUGUGUGUGUGUGUGUGUGUGUGUGUGUGUGUGUGUGUGUGUGUGUGUGUGUGUGUGAAGAGGAUCUCAGCACGCCCACUUAUAGUACAGUCACUUACCCACCAGUGUUCCCCCUUUAGAUCUGGUGAACAUGCAGUCAUCAAUGCUGCUGCUGCUGCAUUGUCUCUGCUGUACAUUAUGGAAAUGCUGCUUGACAUCUGUCCAACACACUCUGGUGUAGAGGAAGCACGACUCAGCUGCCCAUCAGACCUUUUUAAAUGCGCGCUAAGAGCCCAGCUGUGUGCUGUAAUAAAAUUAUACUGCAAUUUAAUGGUUCAGUAGUGCUUGUUAUUGUAUUCCAGUCCUUUCCCAGAGCAUUCAUAUGUACUGAGACUGAGUUUUUAUCUCACAGGACAAAAUGUACUGUGGAUUAGAUAUCAAGUGUCAUAAUGUUGACGUCUUAUACCCACUAUAGGUUUCUGUGGUUCACGUCCCUUAUGGAAUUUGAUGUAAAGUCAUGGAGUCUCCGCUGUGAUGCUCUCUAGAGGAGCUCUUUGUGCCUGAUAGGAUGAAAAAAUAAUGCGGCAUUUAACGUCUUGAAAUUAUUUAAUGUGACACCCUUUUGCUCCAGAUGGUGGCCUUUUGUCACAAAAACAACAUUGUGUCAUCUGAAGUGCAGCCACAUUACACUGCGUUCACAUUUGGCAGCUUGAAAUGCAAAGCACACACAGACGCAGACACACAUUCCUCCUUUUUCCCCCCUGCUUUCUAAUCUGGGUCACAUACUUUGUGGGAGAUUGGGUCAUACCAUUCCUCUCGGGUUUGAGGGGAUUUGACGAACAUCUGGCUUAAGCCUUAAUCUGAAUAUUUGAAUAACAGAUAGAUGUGUAAACACAUUGCUAUGUUAAACAUUUUGAAUGUUUUCCUUGCUAAAGCUUAACUGUUUUGUGCCAGGAGUCAGCUUUUGUUCCCACCCAUCAUCUGCUUAUUUCUUCCCCUGCACUGCACUGUUGGUACGCUCACAUAGAGCGCACACAUCCCAUCCUCUUCAGCUCUAUCUGCUUGUGUCACAUUCAUUUAAAAUGUACAUACACACUGAAUUAAACAUUACAUUUAUGCCUCUGCUGCCCCCCCCGCACACACACACACGCGCACAUAUUCAUCCUCCCACAAUGUUUUCAUGUCUCCUUUUUUUUCCCUUUGCAGUGUUGCCAUAGGCAUCGGUUUCUAUGGCAACAGCGAGGCUAAUGAUGGGAUGUAUCAGUUGACCUCGUCUCUUCUCACAGCCAAUUAUACGCUAGCUUCCAUCGAUCUGCUGGUGAGUUCUGCUCUCCACAACUUAACUGUCAUGCAGAGUAUCUACCCUGUUUGUGUGUGUGAGUGUGUGUAAGUGUGUGUGUGUGAGUGGGGGGGGGGGGGGUUAUGCUUGUAUGUGGUCUACUGAGAGCCAAAGACAAUCAGAUACAAACUUCGGUUGUAUUGAUCCCCCUGUGUUUAGACAGUGGUUUGAGUCACACUGAUGAAUGAUCUCCUUCUGCUGAGCUCUGUGGAAGAUGCAGGUCAGAAAAACACAAAAACAGAGCUAAAUAUCUUUGAAAGUGGGGCAAAAAAACCCACACGAGUGUAUUGUAAUAAUGAUAUAAUGUCAUGUGAUGUAAACUUAUGGCAUGUAAAGCAGAAGACUCAGUGAAAGUGUGAGAAAGUGACUCUCAAAAGUACGCUCUGAGCCUCAACUUUUGAGAAAUAAGGGAAAAGUUCACUGAAAAAGAACAAAAAUGUGUGUUUUCUUUUAUUUAGUGUUAGUAAUGUUUAUGUAAAUUUGCAGAUGAAUCUAUGUUUAGGUUAUGUAGAGGCAUCAAUAUGAACUUUGAACUUACUUUGUUUUUAUGUUCAAAUGUUAAGACUUAUUCUCUAUCAUCCAUCAUUGUAGCAUUUUAUGACCUACUUACAUGUAACAUCUUGAUUUGGAUUUUUCCUUCUUCCUCUACUCCCUCCCCUUUUGUCAGGACAUGUUUAUUGAACAUCUAACCAUCCUCUAAUAUUGUGCUCCUCUCUGUCCACGAAUACUUUCCCUUGAGCCUGAAAUCCAGUAAAUGUCCCAUGUCUGGUCUGCAUAAGAAUGUCCAAUCAGAGCGAAGGAUUCACACAAGCACUUCCAAAGAAAAGCAUGCCCACUUCCUAAGUAGUCCCACCUGUUUCCACACAAACGACCUGAAAACAUAAGGGAUUCUUAACAGCUGUAAAAACAUCUAAUUAUAUUAAUACUGAAAUUAUAAAGUAAGGAAUAUGAAGUUAUUUAAAUAUAAAUAAAAGAUUUGCUUUAUAUAUUAGUGUCUUUGUAACUCAGUGAAAAAAGAACUCAGAAGUUGAAAUACAGACUUCAUAUACUCUAAAAGUAGUGGUCAUGAUAUUAGUGUUGGUACAUUGGCCUUUUUCAGCUGCUGAUAGCUUUCCUCUAAGAUACAGGAGGCAUAGUUAUGUCUUUUCAUCCAUGUUUUCCUCUAAUGACACAUUAGAAAUUAUAUUUACUAAAUAUCAAGAAAUUUCAAGUGUGAAAAAUAGGAAGAAUAAGAAGGAGAAUUAACAAAAAAGUUGCAUCAUCUUUGGCUCAUCCUGAGGGCACAGCAGUGACUUGCGAAAUGAACAAAGUAUAUGAAUUAUGUAGGUGUAGUAUAGAAAGACACAUAUACUCAAAGUAAAACCUCAUAUAUUCCUUACCCUCUGGUUACAUGUUAGAAGAGAAAUUUUAGCCGAUGACUCCUGCUGUCUUAUAUUGUUAUGAUGCUGCAAGCUGCUUUAUUGAAACUGAAUAGAAUUACACGCAGCAAUAGCUAAAUUAGAUUUAUACAUGCAUACAUCACAUUAAUAGUUAGCCAAGAUGAUAAUAAGAAAGUGGAGGCUUUGCAACAAAAAAAAAGUUGCAAGUAACUGGCUUCAAACCAUCCUGUUCUGCACUAGGCAGAUCACAAAUAAUUCAUCAUGAUGACACAGGCAGUUUAAAACAUGCCCCGAAAAGCCUGCACUCUCAUGUUUCUCUGCACUACUGCCAUCUAUCAUGUUGUUGUUAUAGCCUGAUAAUCUUCAAAUAUCUGCAAGUGGAGAGUGAAAGUGAAGUCCAGAGUUUUACAUGACACAGUUUGGUCAAACUCUAACCAGCUUAUUAUGAUAGAUUCUGAAGUACAUGCAUUAGACAGCUGCGGCAUCAAACUGCUCAGCAUCUUCAAUCGUCCAUGUCUUUAAAACAACCACAAUGGCUUUAUGGGUAUCGUGCUCUCUUCUCUGUGGUUUCCGGUCCACUUAUCUCCCCUCAAAUUCUUCCUCCUCUUUCAGAUUUCAGACACAAUUUCUGGGCUGCAGCUGUCCAUCUCUGGCCCUCUCACCUCAAUGGAGGAGCUUUUUACCGGCAGUAAACCGUUCCUGGUUUCGACGCGGAACUGUCGGAGGUUAUCGGAGAACGUGAUCAACCUCCUCUCCUCCAUCUCACUGGCCCGUUCCAGUGUGGACACAGGCCUUGGUAACGACAGUAGUGUGAGCGGGGCAUCCAUCAUUCCUCUGACCCCGGUACCACCUUCUGUGGCCCCGACGGUGGUGCCCACCAGCAGCUUACUGCCCAACCCCUUUUCACCAGGCUGGGCGGCCAACACACUAAUGGUCAAUGAAGACUACAGGUGAGGCUGUGGUCCAGAAAGGGCAGGAAAGGUGAUGACUAAAAGUUUUCUUUUUUUGGUAUCAAUUUAAAAAAGUUCAGUAUGACAGUGCAGCACUGACAGGCAAGAUAAGACACACAAAAGAUGGUCUUAUACAAUGAACAAAACAACAAAACAUGUAUACACAAUGACAGCAUGAUGUCUGUGAAGCACUGAGGACUUCUCAAGUCAGAUACCCUAGAGUGGGGGGUGCGUUUUAUUGAACACGAUGAUAUAUUAAUACCCAAUGUUUUACACUUAAGUCUUUUACAUUUAUCCAGAAUUUAUUCAGAAUUUAUCCAGAAUUUAUCCAGAAUUUAUCCAGAAUUGACAGUUCCGGUUGUCCCACAGUCACACCAGAAAAAUCCUCUUCAGUCUCUGUGGGCUCAUUUAUGUCCUCCACAGAAUCCUCAUUUGGAUUUCCUCUGAAAUUCCUCACAUAUUUUGAUGGAUAGUUUGAACAGCUCAGUAUUUUUUUCUACUUCUCUAUUGUGAGAGGUAAAACCAGAUAUUUCUCCCACUGUCUAGAUGUGUCUAGUAGAUACAGGGAAAUCUAAAAUAGCACGACACAGCCAUUCACACAGCUCUGUCAGUGGUUGCAUCUCUUAUUUGAUUAGUGGUGGUUCUCUUAUUACCCAGAAGGAUGCUGCUGAGUUAAACCAAAUAUACGAUUUAUUCUGAUGCUGUCUUUUGCAUUGGUCAUGAAAAAGAUGCACUGCACUUCAAGGGUGUUUGUAGUUUUGGUUUAAGCUGCAGAUUAGUCCCUGAGUUCCUGAACUGUUCAGCCCAUGACCUAUGAAAUUGCAAUACUAGAAACUGGUGACCCUCUCUGUCCCACAAGGUGGAUAUUUUAAGAUUGCUUGCAGCGAUUCUUGAGCACCAACAAGCUGAUCUAUCAGGUCAAAAUGUGAAAUUAUAAGUAGUUAUUUUGUAUUGCUUUUAUUGGAUAAAAUAUUGGUUUUUAAUGGAGUUCAAAAUGUUACUUUUCUUUUUUUUUUUUUUUUGGAAGGCAUCAGUCUGUGACUCUCAAUCAGGGAAGCACAGAUUUUGGCAACACUUAAUUGUCUGGGUCUGUAGUCUCUAAAUAAAAGAACUGCAAAGUCAAAGCUUUUCAGAGUUGACUUAGAAAAUGAGCUCCAACUGGGAAAAUAAUAAAACACGUUUAAAAGGUUUACAGGCAGCUAACAAAUCGACAUUCUGGAUUUGAAGAAUUAAGGUUUAUGGUUUUGAAUGCUAAGAAACCAGAUCCAGACCCCCCAAAAAAAUCAGACUAAACAUUAUGAUGUUUAAUUAUGCCAUAUAUUAUUCAUUAACAAAUCUAUCUAGAGUUGGUCAUUUGAUCUUUACUUACAUAUUAAGUGAAUAAAUCUGAAUAAAUUCCUACAAACUGUGAUGUAUUAUGUUAAAGCAGCAGCAGCAGUGGUAAAUAUUGGCAAUGAUAACCUGCUUUCUGGGAAUAAGAAAAACACGAUUCAGAACAUAAACUUAUUUUACAGCCUUUCUCCUUGAAAGCGUUUGUUUGUCCUGUUCAUUGCGCAAGAGCUGAGACUACAACUCCAAAUCAAGCCAAAAAAGUGUCUCACUAAAGGAGGUGGCGCAUUCCUUUGAAGUUCAUUUCUUCUCAGCGAAUCACCUGAAUCUCUGCUCCUCUGGUUUAUAAAACUUUGUCAUCACUGACACAGAUUUGUCUGCGUAUCACACGUAACGCACCAACUCAAGGUGCAUUUUGUGGCAACUGGAGUAAAAGCUCACUUAUUUUCCCCUAAGGAUUUUAUCACUCUGCAUCAUGUGCUGUGUAUUGUGUAACAUCAAACUUUAACUUCUUCAUAUUUAUCAAUCAUUCUCUUCAUUUUGAAAGCUGCAAAACUUUGCAAGAAUCAGCUCCUCCUAAAACUGCUUCUUUUUGACAAGUUGAUGUAACAAAAAAAAAAAACAGAUGGAAGCAUUUGGAGAAGAAUGCACAUAAACCCUUAGGAUUGCACAGAUUUCAACAUGUGCAGACUGUUUAUCAAUACUGCCAGACCCCUGCUCUCAGUUUAAAGAGGUGAUGGGGAAACUUUUCUGACCAGCAUUCAUAAAUGUUGCCUGUUUAUCAAGAUUAUCAGCAUUUGUUGAGGUUAUACGAUGGAAAUAAACUAGCCCUGCACAAUAUGUGGUGAUGCCUCUAUAACCUCCAUAUUCCAUCUCUCUUAAUGAGCCUCCAUAAACUGUUUAGAAAACGUCUAUAACUAUGAUGUUAGUAUUGAUUGAUAAUGUUAGCAGUUACAAUAAUGUGAAAGUGCUGCCUCCCAUAAACAAAACCACACACAGCAGACUCACAGGAUGUCAUUCAUCAGUCGCUGUAGACAGUGAGAGGUUAAAUAGGGUUCAGCUCCCUCGUGACUUCACCGCUCUCCCUGUCUUACUGCAUCUUUUUUCUAUUAGCACUUGAAACUAUUUGAGCCGACCACAGGCACACGUUGAGUGAAUAACUCAUUUUUUCUGCAGAACGUCGACAGAAAUACUCAAAUAAUCUUAUUACGCUUGUCAGUCGUUUUUAUUCUGGGAAAAGCGUAAAAAGAGAAAGUUUUAAUCCGGGAUCAGAUGAAAAAAAAAGCUGAAUGAGUGGUGUACGGUUUGUUUGUCACACAUCACAACAAAAACAAUCACUAUGAGGGAAAUCUGAACUAAUAUGCUUUUUCAAAAGCAAGAAAUACAAGAGGGGUUCUUACAACUGAGAAAGAGAGAUUGGACAGUGAACUGACCUCGUGUUUGUUAAAGCAGCUGUUCUGUGGAUGCAGGUUUAGCACAGCUGGUAGAGCCUCUCUCUCUCGCUCUCUCUCUCUCUCUCUCUCUCUCUCUCUCUUCCUCACAGUUGUAGCUCAUCUGUCAAUGAAGGCAAAAGGCCAAAACAAGAAAUUAAAACCGUUUCUCUACCUUCGAUGCUCUCGAGCGUAAAUUUAACAACGUUUUAAGAACACAAACAAGUGAAUUAACACCUUAAGUCACAUAACCUCUGCACUGCUAUCAAUUUUAACACCCUUUUUAUUGUUCAAAAGUAUACAGCAAACAAUCAGGUAGAUACCUUUUAUUUCCCUCUAACAUAUCCAUAGAAAUAUAACAUACUGGGGCACCUGUCGAGCUCAUCAUGUGCUCCAUGCACUACAAAGGUCCUUUAAAUCAUGUUCAAAUACCAUCAGUGGUCCUCUGUUGCCCUACAUCCCCUACUCUAUACACCAUCUUAUCGCUAGAAAUCAAACAACACUGAAGCUAAAACCCGAAAAUCAACAAUAGAAAACAAACUCCUGCACAACAUAUUACUAUCAAAGAUACAUUUAUGACUACAUUUUUGUAGCAUGACACAACCACUUACACAGGUUGGUUUGAAAUACAAAUAGUUUAAUUCUCACUUCAUGGGGCAAAAGAAAAUUUGAUAUAACUCAUUCACUUAAGAGAAAUUGAGGUUAUGAGAUUUAAAAAAAAAAAUCUAUUUAAAGGCACAGCUGACUUAACUGACAAGUGGGCACAAGUGAAGCAGUUAGCAAGGAGGCCUAAGCCCACCUUAAUUUCCCUUCUUUGCCUCUUUCUAUGUCGACCAAAUGUCAGGAUGAUGUCAGUGAGUCUUUGUCCAUGUUUUAAACAUCUUAUGUAGGAGGAAGAAAAAGUAAAUGAAAAAUCGUCAUUUUUGUGCGUAUCCACAUAAUUCAUUCCCGCUCUGCAUGAUCUAGUCCACCCCGAUCAAAAAAGCUCGGAUAUGCUCCUGCAUCAGAUGAAAGCACAUGCAAAUGGACUCUGAAUCAAGACUUCCAGCUCAAAGAAGUUGUUUUCAGAUCAAGAUUAUCAUUGCAAACGUCAUAUUUACAUCAGUUUUGUUAUGUAAUAGAACCUUCUUAUAUGAGGUUUGUGUGUUUCUGUCACAGGUGGCUAUCAUACGUGUUGUUACUGCUGCUUGACCUCAUAGUGUGUCUGUUCAUCUUGCUGGGAUUGGCCAAGCAGGCUCGCUGGCUGCUUAUCUUGUAAGUGAACACCCACACACACACACACCUGCACAUGCACAUGCAAACUUAUUUCUUUAAACAAUGUCAGGUUGUCCUCUUUGCUGAGAAGUAAGUGUGUGCUUCCCUCCCCCACAGGAUGACCGUGCUGGCCUGGCUGGCUCUCUUCCUCAGCUGGGGCUCCCUGGGUUUGGAGACGGCCACAGUAGUGGUGAGUGAACCUGAGAGGAGUGCUCUGCUGAGUGGAGGGAGGAGGGUUGGAGAGAGUGGGGGGAUGAAGAACUGGAGGAAUAGGAAGUGAAUGAGUCUGUCAUUGGAGGAAUUGGCUGGCUACAGCUGAGGACAGAGAGCUAUAGGAGGCUGACCCAUGAUGGCAGGCCAAAGCUGUGUGGAUAUGUGAGUGUGCUUGUGUGUGUGUGUUUGUGUGUGUGUGUUUGAUCUCUGUACCCGUUGUGCUAAACUGUGAAAAGACCUGCCUCCUAGGGAACGCUGCAGCCGUGGCAGAGGACCAAAAAGGCUGGAAAAUGGGGCAGAGAUUAAAGAUUCAAUGUGCGUGUGCACAUUUGUGAACAAAGUGUGUUUGUGCGAAAAGUGCGUGUUUUUCCAUGUGAGUGUGUUUGUAAGUGUGUGGGCGUUUGGCGCGGUGAAGAGAAGAUGGAAGUUGAGGAGAAGCGCUUACAGAAGAGGAAGAGGAGGAGAGUGCAUCUUCAGUUUAGAGAGAGAGAGAGAGAGAGAGAGAGAGAAACCAUCAGCUCGCCAUCAGCUGUGUACGGCUCUAAGAUGGAUCUGUGCCUCUCUUCCUGAGGCUUCAGGAUGUUGAUGUUAGGAGGUAUGGGUGUAAGUCGAAUCCUGUGACAGUAAAAUUCACAAACAUGAUCGCCAGACAACAUUCCUGCUGUCUUCCAGUGCCUAAACAUGAUAACACAACAAGAGUGCUGUGAUAUACAAGCAGAAGUACGGGCCCUCUCAAAGGCAGAGACAUAACAAAACACGAAUGUUUUCACAAAUGGAGCAGUGUCCUAUUUUCCCUUUGCGCCAUGAAGUUUGGUCCUGCUCUCUGAAGGGGACACUGUUUUGGGGCUUUUUGAAGUGGGUAAAAUGUGGCUGUUUUUCUGCACUGCUGCCCACUUUAAAAGUCCCAGUGUCAUGUGGAGCUGGCAGGAGAUGUCCCAAGUCCUGUGGGUCCGAACAGAGCCGCUCUGUCCCUGACCACUGACAGGGAAACAAUGGCCCAGCUGUGGGUCUGCCCACUUUAUUCUGUCCAUGGUCAUUGCUUUUCCCGUCAGCCCCUUGGUGCUCUGUGUGUGUGUCUCUCACUCCCUCUUCUGGUGGGGGGAUCUCAUACUGGGCAUGUUUGUGGGUGAACUGUGUCUGAAAGUAGGCCGGAUUUACAGGAACGUAUGGAGAUGAAGCGGAAAAAGAGGUUAACACAGGGGAGGAUAUGGUUCACGAGCCAAUGGAAAGUAAACUUGAGGUUAGAUUGCAGAGCAGGUUUGUUCAGGACAUGUGAUGCAUCAGAUCAAUAUCCACUGCUGUAGUGUGAGCUGCUGUCAGAUAUCUAAAGAGGUAAGUAUGUCAGUCGGUCAGUGUGUCUACUAACUUUUCCCUUAUGAUCAUUUUCUCUUUUGCCCUCCAUCUUUUGCCUCAUCUGUCCCUCCUCCCUGCUGCUUUUCUCCCCUGUCAUUCUCUCUAACUCUCCCUGUCACUCUUCCUGCACGGUCAGGCUCUCAGCGACUUCUGCUCAGAUCCAAACAUGUUUGUCCUCAACUCCACACAGUUCAACUCUGGGACCAGCUCAGGUACGGUAUUUAAUCUGCCCCUGCACAAACAACACAGUGUGAAAGUGCUGGUUGUUCUGUGACUCUGCAGUAAACUUGAUUUACCUCCAAGCUGUGCUCCUGUCAGCACAAUCUAACUUAUAUACACUGUUUUCCAUUGUCCUCUGCUGUUUUGUCCCCCAUUCAGAUGUGUUGGAUUAUUACCUGACCUGCAGCAGGCGCAUGAACAGUCCGUUCCAGCAGGUAAUGUGACCUCACAUAUAUUCAACACAGCACAUAGCAGGCAUUCAGCUGACACUCUCACCCUCAUUGACUUAAAGUAAGUGAGCAGGCUGCACGUCAGGCUGGCUCAAGGCCGGUUAAGGACAAACCCUGUGAGGAUGGGAGGCGCAGCUGUUACUGUGUGUCCUUUUCCUUACAUGAUGUCUUCUACAUGCACAGCAUAUUAAUGGUGUAUUUCAGCCAAAAAUGCUAAAUUAAAGUUCUUACUUCCACUGACUUGUUGGCUUCAGCUGCUGACCCAGUCGCAGAGGGCACUGUCCAACAUUCACACACAUCUCUCCAGUCUGGACAGAAAUGCUCUGACACAGUUCCCCAAAGCCGAGGUAUGUUUGUGUUUGUGUAGGAAAGCAGCUCUAAACAAAAAAAUAUACUUUGCUUUUUGGUCCCGUUUCUAAGUUUUGGUCUUGUUCUGGCUGCGGUAGAAAUCACUCAGGGAGGUUCAGCAGAUACUCAACUCCACAGAGGGAAACUUCCAUCAGCUGGUGGCUCUGCUGAACUGCCGAGGUCUGAAUAAGGUAAUAACAUGCAGUGUGGACCUGUCCUUCGACAAAAACAUACAUAACCAAAUCACCGCCUCUUCAUUUCCAUUGAUUUUCCCUCUUUUUUUUUUUUUACAGGACUACAUUGACUCUUUAAAAGGCCUGUGUUAUGAUGGGAUGGAGGGAUUGCUCUACCUCUCCCUUUACUCUUUCCUCUCUGCUCUGGCCUUCACUGCAAUCCUCUGCUCCCUGCCCGGUGCCUGGAGGAGCUUCCCCAGGUAAAAGAGUGGGAAUAUGUGUGUGGUGUGCAGCUUUUAUAUUGCAGCAGUAAUAGUAGUAAUUAAAAAGCACAAAAAAUCUCAUAAAAACAAGGACAAGUAGCAUAAACACUGUUUAAAUAGAGUUUUAAAAAAUGGUAAUACAAGCCAGCAAAAACUGUUUUUGGAUAGAAGUUUCCCUGGAAGCAGUAAAUCCACAGAGUCGAGGAGGAGGAGGAGGAUAAAAACUCCCCUGCUGAAACAUUAAUAAGAAGUGGUGUGCAAAUAUCCAGGAUGAGUUCAUCUUGACAAUACAAAGAGAAAUAUUAAAGCGUAUUAGAGACAACCUGGAAAUGUUUCAUGUGUAACUUGGGAUAUGCAAAACGUAUCCAGAGAAAAACACACCAGUGGUAGCUGGAAGUCUGGAUCUACUUCAAUGUUUUUAUGAGCUCUUUUAUUUUGUCGAAUAUCCACAUAUCAAGAGUGACGUAGGUAGGUGAGUGACAGAUUUUCUUAAUGUACUGAAAGACAAAAUGGUGAGGGUAGUUUUCCUGAGAAUGCACACGGGGUCAUUGUGAGUAUUAAACAUGGCGGGUGAUAUAGUUUGUAGUUGGUCCUUCAAUUUCUGUAUCCUUUCUGCUGGCACUGUUUGCACAGGUUACUUUUCCUGAAUAUCUAACCUAUAAUUAGCAGUUACUAAGGGAAUCAUGAAGCUAUCAUAUGAGCGAAAGAGCUGUUUAUUGAAAUUGUGUGUACAAAAACACACAUCACUCCCCUACUCACACGUGCCCCUCUGUCUGUGUGUCUUUCAAUGAUGACUGCAGUGAAUCCGAGGAGUACGAAGACUCAGACAGCGAGAGUGAGGACCCCUUCACCUCCCAUCAGGCACGUAGACCUCAGGCCUCGGGGUCUCAACGAGGGGCCAUGGCCCCCUUCUAUAAUUACCCGGGGGCCGGGUGGACACCCCCCUUUUCUAGUGCGCCGCCCCUCCCGUGAGUAACACAGACACACAGACACGCAGACAGACAGACAGACAGAACGGCAUAGAUAUCUCAGGCAGGGAAGGAUGUUGCUCUUAGAUAGUUUCUGCAUCAGGCAUGUGAUUCUGCAGUAGAUUUGUACUUAUGGGCAAAUUUAAUUCUAAAGCCCCCCAGAUCAGGGAUUGUACAUAAUCCAGACCAUAAUAUGACAACACAGAGUAUGCUAAAACAACACAAACAGACUGCUCGAUCUAGAUGUUCGAUGCAGACACAGUGAUUUUGGUAUCAAGCAUUCUUGAUGUUUGCAGGUUUCUCCAUAAAGACCAUUUAUCUCUGUUAAUAAUAACACACAUUAAAAAUGAAACACACCCACCUUUACAAGAGAGUAGUGUAAGUGUAGUACAGUCAGCUAGGUCAACACACUUUUCUCUAUUUUAGCGUAAGCCCACAGUCAGGUCAAGCACAUGCAUUGCAGACAGACACACAGACAGGUCAAUAUGGACUCCAGUGUAGGCAGAGAAACAGACACAACUCCAGAGGUCUGUCUGUCUGUCUGUGUGUCUGUCUAUCCGUCUGUUGAGUGUUUCAGGACAGACGAUAUAUAGGCCGCUCGCUCAAUUCACAGACCUUGUCUCAAAUGGCGUCCUGUCUCCUAAACAGCAGCAGAGUACUGCUGUGUUGGGGGGAGGGUGUCAUUGACGAGGCCGCGCUCGUAAAAACUCCGGCGAUGUGAGGCUCAGGUUGACUAUAGGUAACCCCCCUCAACCACCCACCCACCCACCCACCCACUGCCAAAACACUCCUGCAUCUCUCUCAUCCAUCUCCUUACUGUGGUGUCCCAGUCUCUCCGGGUAUUUCUCUUACUUCUUGCUUUUGCUCCCCCCUGCUUUCUUUUUUAGUUUUCCUUUUUCUCACUACCAGUUUUUUUUACGAUUGUUUUCUCCUCCCUUUCACACUCAAUGGUGUUUCAAGCUUAGUAAGCGCUCUGAGAAACCUUAACGUGGACUUUUUAACUUUCUGUGCUAAUGCCAGCUGCUUUCAUAUCUAAUUUUAAGACAAAAACAAACAGAUCCUGACUGGAUUGAACUGUUUAGGCUCAGAAAGUCAGCCAGCACUAAAAAUACAGUCCACUCUUUUAAGAUGGAAUCUGCUCGGGAUCGCUUUAAAGCUCUCUGGGUUUUUUCAUGCAGAUACUCAUGCUGAGAUGGGACUGAUGAGUCACACUCAGAAUUAAAUGCAUGUUGUAGGUGAUUACUUUAUGAAUCCUGCACUCAGGAGUGGACUGUAUGGUGCUCCCAGGGCUUGAUUAAUCACUGGUAUAAAUUUAUAUUAUACUAGGUGCUGUGUUUUCCACACUAUAUCUCUAACCGCUCUCUCUCCUUCUUUCCUGUUACCUGUCCUUGGGUCCUGUCACCCUGCGGCCUCUCCCUCCCUACGUCCCCUCUGUCUUUCUCAAUGUGUCUCACCCCUGUUUCCCUUUCUUCUUCAUCCUCCACUCCUCCUCUCCCUCUCUCUUCUGUCCUUGUCUCUCUCUAUCUCUAUACAGGACUCCAAACGUUUCCUCCAAUGGCAACCCUGGCUAUGAGAGCCUUCCCUUGACUGACAGGCAGUCCCCACCCCCCUCUGUGAGUUCCUCCUUCCUGUACUUGUGACACCAUCACAAUCUCUGCCAUUAAAAACGUAGCUGUUAGCGCAUACGCUCGCAUUAAUUUUCAGUAGUAAACGGACUAACAUAGUGGCGAGGGUUCGACCUUGCAGGACCCAGUAGGCUUGCCUUUGUUGACAGAAAUCACAUAUUUUAUCACCAACGAUGAACUUGGACAUCACUGCUUCUGUCUCACUCUCUGACCAUUUCACAGAGGACCUUACCUUGACCACAGCAACCUUUAAUGAGCCUGAAAGUGAUUCACAUUUGAUACUGAAGUUAAUUCCUGACUAUGAAAGUAGGAUUUGAAAGAGGGGGUAUUAGUCUUAUUUUUUUGGGCUUUAUAUUGUCCCUCCGAUCACUUCUUAGCAGCUUUACAGUUCAACAUAUUUCAGACUCCUUUCUUCCAAAACCCUCAUUUCAGCCUCUGAGACACUCCAUUCAAGCCAUUGUAUCUUUAUGGCCCCCCCAGCUUUCCUGAACCCGGCAGUCUUGAAGUCUCCUUCACUGUUGCCAUGCAGCAAAGUUGUGUUUCUUUUUAUAAAAUGAUAAAUUUGCCCUUUUAAGGAGAAUUACUGUCUGGUGAUGUCUUGUUGAUUUGAGCAAACCUUAUCUUCUCAUCGAAUUCUUGUGUGACUUUUUGAACAAGCCAGUCAGAGCGCCCUGUGGUCCCAUCUAGGGAUUACUUUAACUCACACUAACAAUCUGAAACAAUCUGCAACCCGAAACUAUGUUCAUGUAAAGAACUGACAUCCAACAUUUUAACUUAACAUUUGUUUUCAAAAUAUGAAAAAGGAUAAAAUCUCUCAAACCAAUAAAAUGAAAGGUACUCCCACUCCUCCCCUUGAAAUCUGAGCAGCCCAUGCCACUCCUGGCCAAAUAAGCAGAGGGGUGGCCAAGGGUGGCAUGGGCUUCCCUUGAAAUCUGAGUGGUCAUAACAUUUGCCACUCCAAAAUCCUGAACCAUAAUUUGCCAUUUCUCUUGUCAGGGGUGGGACUAGUGCUUCUGGUCCACUACUUCAACUCGGUUUUGCAGCUUUCUUUGUAUCCAAAUGUGGCACAAUUUCUCUUAUUGUUACUAAAUAUACUUUAAUAUUCCAGUUAGUCGGUGGGCACCCCAGACCUAUUGAUUGAGAGAUGAUCAACCCUCCCAAUACAAAAAGAUGAUCAAUAAUAAUAGUAAUAAUCUUUAUUUAUAGAGCACUUUACAAAAUCUAUAUUAAAAAGCAAUUUAUGGAGGCAAAUGUAAAAGCAAUUGUCAGUGGUGUCAACCAGCGUGGACUAUCACUGAGCUUCAGCUGCCCCACCCCUCUAGCGGUGAAAGAAUUUCUUAUGAAAACAGAGAGAGAAAAAAAAACUGCUUUAAAUAAAUAUCUUUACAGAUGUGGAUAUAGCCUAAGACACGGUUUGUGGAAAUAGGAAGGAAAUAACCUUCACAUACUUCAUGCCACCCAUGCAGGAGUCUGACUUUUCAGGCUGAGUUGGCCUUCCUUGGGCCAACUCAGCCUGAAAAGUCUGGACGCACCCCUGUAUGAAACAUACCACAUGUUGCUGUGUUUCUAAAUCUCCAUGCCAACUUACCAAAUUUCAUUUUGCUGGACAAUGAGAAGCAAUUAUGUUGUCAAAAUAAUCUUCACGGGUGCCUUUAAAAUGUUGACUUUUGAGGGGUGGAAGUGGGAAAUCAUGAUAUGAAAUAAAAGCCCUUCAAAUCCAGUAAUCAUACUUAUUCUUCUGUCUAUUUUGGACAACAAAAAUAGAAGUUUGAAACACAACAAAAAUUCAUAUGGUCCACUCACAUGGUUUUUCCAGUGUUUUCAGUCAUAUCCUGUGGUUUCUUCUGGCAAGUGAAGUCUGAGGUUGCAUUUCCCUGUAACCAUGAAUUAAUCACACAGCACAGCGCUCAGUAUUAUGAAGCAAAUUCAGUGAGCUUGAUUCAUAAAAAAUGAGCAAUCUCUUUUUCUACGGAAGAACAGGAGCUGCAGCUGAAAUCUGGGACACUCUUCAGGAUAGCUUUUCUUAACUGAUCACGAAAUUUCCCUUUUACAUCCAUGUAUGAAAGUUUUGAAUAAAUGUAAAUAUGAUAGUGAGCAAAACAUCCCAUCUGCCUCCCCUCCUGAAUGUAAUCUUUCUCAUGUAAAUAACAAAUCUCUUUCUCUUCUCUUUCACUUCCUCUGGAUCCACCUUUGGACCAUGUCUACCUCUCUUCUGUUGCCUCUCAUCACCUUCUCUGGAAGUACAGUAUUCUCCCAGCAUGCUGACUGGUUAUGGGGGAAGUCAAUCACACCCCAACCCUGCCCAUUCGCGGAACCUGUAUUCACGUUGAUUAUAAUUUUUUUGUUAGGAAAUGUAUAGAAAAAAUGUUUAGUUUUCAUAUGAAUGGACACUUUACUGAAAUGAAAAAGAAACUAAUCUAAAUAAAAUGAAUGCUAUGUGUCAAUUAAAAGUGCGUAACGUCAGUACCACUGAGCAUUAUCAUAAUUAGAUGCACUUAAAGAAGCAGGUUUAAAGGGACUGUUGAUGUAACCGACAGGGUCUGUGCUGGUUGAGCAAAGCUUUGAACCAAGUCUGCUUGGUCUAAAUUCUUUCCCCUUGUCUGUCCAAUCUCUGUGUAAACUGUGAACAGUGGUGAGGCAAGUCAGAAUGGUAUUGACGUUACAACGUUGUAGUUUUAUAUUCUUAAAUGUAUCAGUACCACCGAUUUAUUUUUAAGUUUUUAUAUAAAUAUUGUUGUAGAAAAGCACUGGCACGUAGCAACACGACACAUUUUUUUCUGUGAAUGGUUAUGCAGUUUCCUCACUUGGUAUCAUUUUUAUUUUUUUUUUUUACUUUUUAUAGGUGGCAAUUCUGUAUUUUCCUUGUAUUACCUUAUGGUAUUCUGUAUAUCUAACUGUCUAUAACAUCUGAAUAAUCAUGAACCUUUACUCUUAAAAAAUACUUGAGGGCUGCCAAGACCCUGUUUUAAAGAUUGGAGAACUACAACUGCCUCUCAAGUCCUGAGAGUGGAAAACUACAAAUCCCAUGCAAUGACAGCAGGUACAUAGCAAUAUGAUUCUUGCUACUGGUGCUGCAGUAGCCCUACCGUAACUAGCAAUAAUGACUAUGUAUAGCAUUGGGUUUCUGAGACUUCUCCAUCAUGUUUUGUGUAUAUAUAAGAUAUGGUUUGUUGGAGAUUUCAUUGAAUCCCCCGUCCCUGCCAACUGACCUUGUUAACCCUUGAAUUGAGUUUGUAUGGUUAUCAAUGCUCCUUUUGAAUGGCAUCCUUUUACACUCAAAGAGUCUAAUAUAAAUAAAAAUAACUUCAAUAACCUUCA